AAAAUGCUGAUUUUUAUUUCAUUUAUCUUAAAUCUAUUCGUCAUUUCAGUUUUUUGUGUACGGAGUUGUUACUUUUGUGCAGACACAACUGAAAAUUGUUUAAAAAACGACAAAGCAAUCAAUCCGCUGAAAAUGGAUUGUGAUAACUUUAUGAUAAAUAAAAAAAUGCAAUACUCAUUUUUCAAAGUACCUAAAAUCGACCGUUCCUACAUCAAGUACUUUUAUACGCCUGCGUUGUACGAGAAAAACGUGAAAACGCUGUGCUUGGAAAGUUACUAUUACUUUUCAGACAUGUUUUCUAAUAAUAAGACACAGCGUGAGUUUACACACUUUUAAUUAAUUUAACUUACAGUAAAUGGAACGUUUAAAAGUUGCAUGUUCAGACAACUUGCGGAUUACGAAAGUCCUUGUCAACAUUGGCAGAAUUGGGCGAUUACAGUUUUCGAACGAUUAAACCACAGUUUUGAGCUUUCGUAUUGUAGUUUAUGCAAAACGCGUGAUUGUAAUAUUUCAACGGCUCACUCCUAUAAUUUCCCACUUUAUUUCAGUAUAACAUUUGUUUUCAUUAACAUAUUUUUUUAUUAAAAACCUGAAAAGUUAAAAUAGUCUAGUCGCAAACCUCUCGGCAGUUAUAAUUUAACCACUAAAUAGCCAAAUCGUAAACUUAUUGUUUAAACAUUAGUGAAAAACAUUAAAGUUAGGGAAAUCACGAUUGUUAGAACUGGUUUAACCAUUUCUCCCCUGGAACCUUCAUUGCAUAAAUUACUGUCACAAGUGUCGGAAGGCAACCUUUUUCAACCGUUUUUGUGUCGUCUGUAACAGUUAAUAAAAAAGAAAGAAAUCCAGAGUUUUUGAAUUACGAAAAAUAACUUCAAUGGUGAAACAGUUCAUUUUGACAUGUUUUGAAAAAUCGUCUUUACAUUUAUGGACUUGGACCUCUGUGCAUUGGUCGAGACAGACAUAACAUUCUUCAACUGCAAGGGCUAAAAAACUAAGAAAUUGUUUUGGAGACAACAUUUGAAAAAAAAUUCGUACUUUGACAAUAAAUUGAAACUAAAAAAAUUGACACGAAGGCUACGUUUACCAUUUUACCACUAAAUAUAUUUACAAGUAAUGCUACUUUAUUACUAGGACUGUAAAAAACUGUAUUUUAUUAUUUUACAACAUCGAUAAUGAUAAUAAAUAAUAAUAAUAUUUGACGUUCACGUUAGUACGAAUUGUUGUCAUACUUUUUUAUUAAUUUUUUUUUGAACUUUCUAAGUUUCUUCGUAGAAAAUCGAUUUUGCAAAUAUUUGACAUUUCAUCCUAAUAAUUAAUAAUUCAGAUGUUUGGACGAGUGUAAACAGCACUCGUGGUACAUAGAAAAGUGUGAGAACAGGUAUGAGAAUUUGGAAACAAGAUGUGUGUCAAUACAGGGUGAUUCAGAGAUAUUAGUCCGAAAACAGUGUAUGAGUUUAGAUCAAGCAAAAAUUUUUUGUGAAAGAUUUAACGUUUACGAUGGAAUUAAUUGUUAUUUUUGUGAUAAAGAUCUUUGUAAUGGAGGGAAGAAUAUGAGGUUGGGAUCCGCCAUUUUGUUUAGUUUAUCUCUUGCAAUUUAUUUGUUUAUUAAUCUUUAAGCAAACUUUAUUAAAAAUAGAAUUAAGAAAACAUA